CGGAUAUCCUAUAAUAAUUAAUCAUAGCUAUAUCUGAUCAAUAUCAUAUUAGCCACAGAUCAAAUUAAUAAAUAAAGUUAUUUUUAUUUUACAAUCAACAUUUUAAACUUUUCGAACUUUACAAUGAUGGCGGGAAAUGUUAAGAAGCACUGGCGACAUCUAUAAAUUAUUUUUAUGAUUAUUGUUAUUGUUACUCCAAAAUAGAAUUUAUUUUAGAAAUUCAUGGAUUUUAAGUAUUUAAACCUAUAAAUAAUUAACUCCACUUGAAAAUUCAAUGACAACUAUUAUCGAUUUUGGAUUACAUGUAAUUGAAGUAGUGUGACAAACAAAAUUUCAACGAUUAUGGCAGAUAAUCCAAAGAUUCCUUUACCUCUCGAUACUAUUAAACCUAUCAAUUUAGAUGAUAAAAGGUUAUGGGUAGGAAAUUUAGAUCUCAGAGUUAAUGAGUACCAACUCCUCAAAAUCGUUCAAAAAUAUGGAAAAAUUGAAAAGUUUGAUCUCCUAUUCCAUCGAUCUGGACCACAAGCUGGUCAACCAAGAGGGUAUGCCUUCGUAACAUAUGCAAUGUUAGAAGAUGCUGAAAAGGCAAAAAAAGCUCUUCAUAAUGCCAGGAUAGGGUCUAAAAAUAUCGUCGUUCGAUGGGCCCAUACUGUAUCAGAGACUGAAAUGGAAAAGACAAAACCAAAAAUUGAUAUACCAGCUUUAGCUGGUGCUAAAAAAGAAGAUAAUAAAAUAAGUCGGGAAACAGCAAUACAAGCGAUAGAAGCGAAAUUAAAAUUAAUGAGAGAAUGUGAAGACGAAUUUGAAUUAAAUAAGCCUUUAAAUGGAGUUCCAGUAAUUCAACAAUAUCAAAAACCUGAAGUUCAGAAACCAUCGUCUUCCACUAAACAUCAUCUCUACAGACAUCAUCAAAGCCGCCCAUAUUCCAGAUCUAAACCAAGAAGAUAGUUUUCAGUAUUAUACUACGAUAUUUUACUCAAAC